GUGUUUAGAUGUUGUGAAUCUGUGUACACUUUUGUAUUCCGAUUGGCUCUAUUCAUUCAUUGAUGAACCCUCGAAUGCUGUUUCGUGAAAUGCAGUAUUGGCUGCAUGGGAUGAACUUGAUCGGAGGUCAGAGUUGUGCGUGAUUUCGAGUGAACACCGUGUACGUCCUUUGGUUAUGAUCGUAGAAAUCGACGAGGUUAUUGUGCUCUUGACGGAACCGGUAACUGGCUAGUGAAAAAAGACGUUGGGGUGACGAUGUCCGAGUGUGAUUCGUACUUGAACGUUGUUUUCAGCUGAUUUCUCAGUAAUAAGGAGACCACUUUGAAGUGUUGACAUGAAGGGUUGGUUCGAUGCGUUCAGAAAUGAUGGAGGCCCUACACUCUACAAUUUCAACAAUAGAACUGCUGUGACAGGGGACGUAACUAUCAUCACGUUUUUGACGGUAUUUACGACAUUAUACAUCGCGUUCCUAAUCAUCUUUCCUGGCAUCAGAAAAGAAAAGUUCACGACUUUCUUCACAGUUUCUUUAAGUUUAUUCGUUGGUGCUACAAUUUUAGUUUCAAUAUACGGAUCAUCAUGGCAUGUAUCCGAAACUUCCACGAUGAGCACGUACAAAGCUUUUUCCAAAGAGAAAAUCGCGGCCAACAUUGGCGUACACGUUGGACUGGGACAUGUAAAUAUUACCCUUCGGGCAUUACCUGUAAAUAAUAGAACUCCCGACAUCGAUUUCAACGAGAGAUUCACUUGGACUGAUAGCAGCCAAAUGGGCGAUAACUUCAAGAAUGCCAUAGCACGAGGUCUUCCUUUUCCUAUUUUAACCGUAGCCGAGUAUUUUAUUUUAGGAGAGGAUGGACUAUCUUGGGGAAGUCAGUACAGAUCUGCAGGAUACUUCGCCAUCAUUAUGUUAUGGACCUCAUUCACCGUUUGGCUCCUCAUGAACCUCAUGCUUAUCGUUGUGCCAAGAUAUGGUGCACUCCUCAUGACAGCUUGUGGUUUCCUACUUCUUGGCACCUGCUCCGGUUAUUUUUGUUCGCUUCCAGAAAUACCCCUUGUGAUCCAACUGGAUGGAAAAACCAUGCAAUUCUGUUUUGGAUGGUGUUUCUGGUUAGUUGUAGCCGCAGGAGGAAUUUGUCUGUUAUCUGGAGUAACGAUAACAACGAUAGAAAUUAUACUCCCUCAUAGUUUCUCAACUAUACUAGAAGUAGAUUAUGAUACUCCUUACGAUAGACAUAUCAUUAUCGAGGAUAGCCAUGGAAGGCGAUUCCAGAGAAAGAAGAAUAGUUCAAAUAAAUUGGAAGAUCCAUCUUCUGAAGGUCUCGGACUGAGAAUACUGAAAAGGAUGUCUUCCAAAUCUAAGUCAGAGAAAGACGACAUCGAGGUUUCUCCGAUACACAAUCAUUUUUAUGAAGCAGAGAGGAAUAAGUCACCUUGGAAUUAUUCAGUUAAUUCUAUUUCUGGUCGAACAUUUCAACCAAAGCCCUUACCUCGAUCCAUUUCUCAAGAUACUUUAUCUUCAAUUUCAUCAGAUUCACACGUUGGUUCAGAGUUGGCAAGAUAUCGGAUACAUCCUCCUAAUAAGUUCUCUCAUGAGGUCGCCAUGUGGUGAUAUGACUUUUCGUUUCGACAAUGCAAAGUGCAAUAUUUGAGUGAUUAAUUCUUGUGAUAUAUAUAGGGAUAAAACGAUAUUUGUUGAUAGCCAUUAUUUAAUUUUUAAUUAUUAAAAUUUUUCUCACCAA